ACAGUAAAUCGAUUGUUUGUACUCGAAUAAUGGCGAGGGCCCAUAUGCUACGUUUAUUUUGUGUUAUAUUUAUAAUAACGUUUCAAUUAACAUGUUGCUCAGAAGUGAAAAAAUAUCCCCUGUUGAUGCCAAACGUCUAUCCAUACAGAGAUGAGUUAUACCUGUGUACACCUGUAAGAGUAGUAGAUGGAGAUGGUUUUUAUAUAGUCGGAUUCGAGCCUAAUGCCACAAUGAAUGUCGCACACCAUAUGUUGCUUUUUGGAUGCAGUGAACCAGGAGCAACUCAGAACUUUUGGAAUUGUGGAGAAAUGGGAGCCAUGUCAGAUCCUGAUAGCAACCUCGAUUCGGCACCUCCAUGUUCAAAGGGAUCCCACGUGAUUUACGCUUGGGCUAGAAAUGCUAAAGCCUUGAAACUCCCGGACGAUGUGGGCUUUCAAGUUGGCGGUAACACUGAAAUUAAAUAUUUGGUGUUACAAAUCCAUUACUCCAAAAAGUUUCCCGAACAUCUUAGAGACAACUCAGGACUGAAUUUACUAUACACCAAACAACCGCAAACGAAACUGGCUGGCGUGGUGCUACUCGCAACCGGUGGGAUCAUUCCACCAAACAACAUUACCCACAUGGAAACUAUGUGUAAAAUAAACGAAGAAGACCCGAACACCGAAAUAUUUCCAUUUGCUUAUAGAACACAUACCCACACAUUAGGACGAGUAGUAUCCGGAUACCGUGUUCAGCUAAAUGAGGAAGGGGUUGAUCAAUGGACGCUACUAGGAAAAAGAAACCCCUUAACCCCCCAAAUGUUCUAUCCAGUCUUCGACAAUACAUCAAUUAAAAAUGGCGAUAUUUUGGCUGCCCGCUGUACCAUGGAUAGUAGGUCCAGGAGGGAUGUAACUAAAGUUGGCCCGACAAACAAAGAUGAAAUGUGUAAUUUUUAUUUAAUGUAUUAUGUUGAAAAUGGAAAACCUCUUAAUAUGAAGUAUUGUUCAAGUGAAGGACCACCAUAUUUUUAUUGGAAAUCUUCUCAUUUGAAAAACAUUCCCGACUAUGAGGCUUCUACAUUAUAUGACUGAACGACCAACAUCUACUACUAUUACUAACUACUUAACUACUACUAUUACUACUUGUGAUUAUUCGUAGAACAAUUCAACAUAUAAAGAGAUUAUACCUAAAGUAUCUAAAAGUCUAUAUCAUAUUUUUAUAAAAUUAUUUCAAAAGCACUAUUAGAAAUUAUUUUUUGCAUUUAGAUAAGUACAAAUAUAUUUCAAAUAGUAUGGGAAUUCUUACACCAUAUCUGCAUUGACCAAAUUUUCUUGAUUUUUUUUUAAUUAUUUUUAAUUAUUAUGCACACAUUCUAAUUUCGGAAAUAUUUGGUUGUGGUAUUUUGCACACAUUUUGUUCAAAUUAUUUACUUUGAAAUAAAUACUGUGUAAAUGAUUUGUUCUUAGUUUUGUCUAGUCAAUUAUCUUACUAAAUUAUUUGAAUCAAAAUUAAUCUCAAGAAAUUGUGUAUAAUUUUAGUAAAAUGAAAACAUUAUUCAUCAACUACAGCAAACACUUAAGAGGACACACUGCAUUCAUUCAAUCAAAUAAAAUUGUAAAAUCGACUCCAGAUUUUUUUCAAGUAACCGAAAAUUUAAAAAAUGCAUAUCAUAAAUUUUAUACUUUAACCAAUUGGCAAACAUUAUUAAAUGAAUUCAAUACGAUAAAUGUUUGCUGCACUUGAUGAACAAGUACUUAGAUAAAUCUUAAUCAGGUAAGCAAAAAUUCUGAAAAUGCAUUACAUACGUUUAAAGAAUGCAAGACGUUAUUUUCAAAUUAGUUCGAUGAGUUUCGUUAAAUUUCCUAAUGCAAACUCAGGGCAAUACUCAGUGCUUAGUUAUCCAUGUUUAUAACCCAAUUACACAGCAACUACCUCUACCUAUAAGUGAAUUUUGGUGAACAAAAAUUUUCAAUUUUUUCUGAUAUCCAACAACAUUUUCAUUCAUUGAUUUAUUUUGCUGUUACGCGUCUUCAUAUAUCAGUAUAUUCUUACAUCUUAAACAUUAUGGUCUUAAAAACUUAUCACAAAGCAAAAUAUUUAAAAUUCUCGUAUCAACACCAUUAUCAAGUCCAUCAUCAUUAUAGAUACCAAUCUGGAGUCAAAAUCCUCACCCAUUUAGAAAAUACUUUUAAAGAAUGUUACGCACAAAAUUAUUGAUAAUAUAAUGACCCUACGCACAACUAUUAAUAUACUCAUAAAUCAAUUUUAGAUUGUAAAAACGCACAAACAAAUUUUCAACAUACAUAAGCUGUAAGUUUAUAAAAUAUUACCCUCAUCAUCAACAAAUUUGUAAAUUCAAAAAUAAACAAAAUGUUGCUGGGUGUCGUCUCUCGAGUAUGUUUAGUUCCAUGUUAUUUGUGUGAAUCGAAACCAUCUACCUCACAGAACAAUUGCUUGGACUGGAAUAAACUGUCUUGAUGCAUUUUCAGAAGUAAAUUUACGUGAUAGAAGGUAUUUGUAAUCAAUCAAUGUUUACUUCUGUGUCUCUCUCUCUCUCUCUCUUUCAAUCAAGUCGUAUUGGUCAUACAUCUGUUUCUUACCUAACUAUGAGCAACGUUAAAAAAUCAACGCCUCUAAAAUUUACUUUCGUCCGCCGUUUCCUAACCAAAAUUGACUUACAAACACUUUUUACACCACACUCACCACCACUUUUCCAAGUGGACUUAAUAUGGCAACUAAAAUAUAUAAAUAUGUCGGAAACUACUAUAUUCUAGAGGUGUACUAUUAAGUACACUUGGAAUUUUACAAAUUAACACAGACACACACUCACACACAACUUUAUUACACAUUAGAUCUUGAGAUCAAUAAUUCAGGACAUCCUUCUUAUUAUUUAAUUAUGUAAUUGAUUUCUUGGAGUCAUACAUUAUGGCUCUUAAUAUUGAUAAUCUUCCCCUAAUAUAGGAAACAUUUGUUGUAUUACUGUUUAUUUAUGCGGUUUGAUGUGCAUUAGGUAAAAAUUAUUUAGGUUCAAUUACAUAUCACUGCUAGCAUACAUUGUUGAUCAGGCGAUAAUCCUUUCAAAAUUCUCCAGACGUAACGUUAGAUCAAUGUUUAUCAACAUAUUUUGCAAAAAUCAAACUGGGUGCCCUUAACUACAAACAAUAAUGGUCUGCUUUCCAUCACCAUCUAGGCUGUUAAAAAAAAUGUUGAGAUACACUGAACUAAGCAGUUUUGUUCAUUAAAAAAAACCAGCUUCUUAAAUUGUCUCCAUUUCAAAUCCACCGAUUAAAAGGUUGACACUCGCCGAAACAAAUCAGAUUUCCCCAAUUAAUUUUGUGCAUUGAACGUGUUAAGUUGUACUGACCCCAAAUGCGAAAACGUUUUUAAUUUAAGUACAUGCGUGCUAACGACUGAGAUACACCGAAAAUUGACGAAUGCAAUCCAAAAACGACAACACCAUCUGCAAUUACUCCUUUUUUGGAUUACGAAGACUAAAAUUAGUAUUGUGAAGUACCACCCGAAUCGACCAAAAUUGCCAACUGUACGACCCUUAAAAAGAAAACAAACAAAAUAUUACAUUUAGAUAAUAUUUCCUGCUGAGCUAGUCUCCCUGAACUGCGAAAAAUUACCUACCGACUCAAAAUAUUGAAACUUAGGUAAACCAAAUUUAUAUGUGUUAAAAAAAUAGUACUAUGAUGGUACCAGACUUUAGACCUCACGACAUGGGACAACAAAUGCGACAUCGGAACAAAUUUUGGCUAAAAACCAGAUUGACUGUUAAGCCUCUUUGUGGGGCACUAAAUUAAUAAAAAAUGACUUUACCCGGAUGAAAAUUAUUUAAUCUAGAAAUCGUGUCAAAUUAAUUAAAUCAGACAAUAAAUUACAAAAGAAAUCAUAGAUGUUACAACGAAAUCUUAUUUUUUAAAUUGGAUUUUAUGUACUGGAUAACCAAACUUAAAAUUUCACGUUGUUAAAAUUUGACUACUUACUACAUUAGUAAUUAGUGUUGUAUUAGGAUUAAUCUUUGUAUCAGUCACCAAAGUGACUUGGGAAGUUGUUUUCUCUUGGGGAGCUGUAUGAGAACUUUUAACUUGUAUCUCGUACUCCCUCUAUAACUACGAGCGAAUGCUGUGUAUGUAAUUAUGACUUGUUAGUGACAACUGUAACCAUAACGGGUAUAAAUUAAUAAAUAAUUAACUGAAUGUCUUUAUAUCGAACUAAAGAUACACAGACAAAAUUGUACUGUUGAAUAUUUCUUCAAACUGUAAAGACAAAUAAUAACAAAUUUUGUUUAUUACCUCUUAAUUACACUACAAUACUCAAAAUUCCAUUUACAACAACUACAGAAAGUUAAAUUGUGACCAAAAAUCGUCCUGGAAUAAAACAUCGGUAUAUAACAUUUAGUUUUUACAAGUAGCACUUGACUUAAGACUCCAGUGUCACUACUUACCUUAAAUUUAGUGUUCAUACUAAUACAGGACUAGUUUUAAAUUAAAAUCGAAUCAUGUUACAUAUAAAAACGACAUUUAAAACAAUCAUCAAAAUGGCAAUGUGACCAAUACGACUAAAAUGAUAUAAACAAAAAACUUUGAUGUAAUUCCCAAUGUUUUACUUGAUUUAAACUUAAAAUUCCAAAACAUAUCACAUCUUCAAUUACAUUUAAACUUGGAUCACCUUAAAUGCCGUAGCUUUAGGUAUAUUGAUGUUUAAGAAUACUGAAUAUGUGUAAUUAAAAUUUCCAAAGGAUGAUUCACAUUUUUUCAAUUUCUCUAUGCGUAGUAUGAUUUUGUUUAAAAUUACAUUAAACAUGAUCUUCCAAUACACAUAUUUAAGAUUUACCUGUCUGUAUUUUAGAUGUGUUUCUUCAGAUACAAAUUAUCAAAUUUGCCUCAUAAAAUGUUGAAAAUAGUCCUGACAUUUCGACAAAAUUAAUCAAUAUUGUCAAUGUUUUUGUAAAAAAAGGCUGAACACAAAAUACAUAAUAUAGACAUACGUUUGUGAAGAGAAAAAUAUUAAAGACAAUAAUUAAAUUCUCUCUUUAACAGGUUUGAUAAUUUGAUUGAUGUGAAUAUGUUUAUACUAAAGAGCACAUACAUUUAGUUAAUACCAAAAAUGGUCUUAUUGAGGAAAAACGGAUUGUACUGUAAAUAAUUCAUGUUUAGUAUAGCACAAAAAACAGAUAAGAUUGUCAAAAUUGCAUAGUAAAUAUAGAUAAUGAGCCAAAAAUUUAUUAAAAAAGCAACUAGUAAUUUUUAUGUACAUACAUGCAUUUAACGCUAUUUGCAAUAUUUUUUUGGGUCUAUAUUCAAAUCUAGCAAAAUUUUACAGAUGAUCUUCUAACUAACUUGUAACAUUAAUGUUCGCCUUCAAAAAAAUGUUUCUGUGUCAACUGAUAGCAAAAUAAUUCAAGCUAAAUUUUCUAGAUCAAAUCAAUCGAUUAAUAAUUAAUUAGUUUGAUAAUAGUUGAACUAAACUUGUUAUAUAUACCCAUGUAAAUAUAAAAUGUAAAUAAAUAAUUUAAAAAAAAGUUGCACGGAGACCCCUAAUUAAAUGUAUAUAUGUAUAUGUAUAUAAAAUAACAGUUUAAUCAGCAUCCUUCGAAAGUACAUGCUGCACAUCAAAAUUUAGCUGAAACAUGUUCUAUAUUACAUGAAUUUUUUAAUUCUAUUAAAAACUUAAUUUAUUAAUAUUACAAUAAAUUGAACCUUUAUAUGGAUUAUAGAGAAAUUGAAGAAAUGCGUCGCAUAAUUACAUGUAUUAUUGUCUUCACUAAAAACUAUACUUAAACCUAUUUUUCUUGAAAAAAUAUGUAUACCACAAAUAUAGGCAUAUAAACUUAAAAAAACGUAUUACUUUAAAAUAGAUACAUAUUGAACAAAAAUUCAAUUUGGAAAUGUAUUUUGCUCUAGUAUGUAUUUGUUUGUGACCCAUAUAGUAUAUAGACCCCAAAAAAAUACAAAAAAAUUAAAUUAUUGAUCUGAUUUGUUAUUAAUUUAAAAAUUAAUAUUCUUGAGAUUAGCGUUUCUGUCAAUGGAGAAGGGCGAAAUCAAGGAUAUGAAUUUUAAAUUCGAACAGUGCGUUGUGAUAUUUUUAAGUAUAUCUGUUAAUGUUAUAUAUUUUUGCAUUAUAUAGAUGAUUUAUUGUAUAUUUUGUUAAGUAUAUGUUCGUAUGUGAUUAAAUCUUAUAAAUUCA